UUUUCUCGCAUUUCCUUUGUUAUGUUUAAUUAGGUGCGAGACCGCAAUGUGUUACGUGUAAAAGCUCCCUAUUUUUGUCUCGUUACUGAAUCGCCAUGAUUCGAUUGCUGUGAUCUCGAUUCUCGAACUGUAUUUUUUUUUGUUUAUUUCGCUGUGAUUUUGAGUUUUAGUGUUUUGCUCUUGUAUAUGUGUUUCCUAGUUUUGGUUUUGGUUUAAUGGAGGAACUUGGGAAAUUCUGGGUCUCUCUAUCCUUUUCUCUUUCCCUCAAUGAUUGUUUAUCGUUACGUUGGAAGCUUUUGUUGGCCGUGGAUGGAUUAGAGGAAUCUUCUAAACUCCUCCGACGUUGCUAUUGCAGUAAAGGGUCAGAUUCAAAGUUUCCCAUGUUGUAGGAAGUUGGCAAGUGAAUACCGUCUUUGAUGGAGAUGGAAGUUUCUCCUAAGAAGAGAACGGAAAUUGCUUCUGCUGAUGAAAAGGCAGAGGACAAUUCAACAUUUGUGGAACAGUUUGAGGAGAUGGAAUCUCUUGAUCUUAGCGAUGGAAGUUCUGAGUCAAUAAUGGAUGUGGAACUAGAGGACAGUGACACCAAGAUGUCUUCCGGGGAUUCCAUUACACAACAAGAUAACUUGUCUAGGGACUCGGAGAUUGCCCUUGAAGGUGCGCAUGUUGAUUCAAAAGAUCAAGAAGAAAGACAUGAAUCCAGUGAUGAGAUUGUGGUUGGAGAAGAGAAGCAAAGGCCCGUCUUUGAUGGCACUGAGAUUCCUAACCACAGCACUUCUUCUAGUUCAUCCGAAUUCGAUCCUGAUUCAACAACUGCGGCAUCUGCUUGGACAGAGAAGGCAGCUGCACUCAAGAAUUUUGUCAGAAUGAAGAGUGAAAUUGCAGUAAAUAGUUUUCUACGACGCCUUUCUGGAAAAAGAGAUGAUAUGUUACAGGAGACACCGGGAAUGUCAGAUGAACCCAGAGAUCACAAAUCAGUGGAAUCUCCGAAAACUGAGGGGAGAUACAUGUGGAAUCCUCUUACCUUUAUAAAAAUGAAGCAGAAUAAUGUGGAAAAUGAUGGUGACAGAGGAGAUCUGACGAUGGAAGCAUCAUUAGAGCCUAUAAUGAUGAAAGGUAGGAUUAUAUUAUACACAAGACUAGGAUGCGAGGAGUGCAAAGAUAUUAGGGUGUUUUUGCAUAGAAAGAGGCUUAGAUAUGUUGAGAUAAAUAUUGAUAUCUUCCCUAAUAGAAAGCUGGAGCUGGAAAAGAUUUCUGGAUCUUUAGCUGUCCCUAAGAUAUUCUUCAAUGAAACAUUGAUUGGAGACCUGAAGGAUCUUAAAGUUUUGGAGGAAUCGGGCAAGCUUGAGGAAAAGAUCAACUAUCUGAUAACAGAAAUCCCGCCAAGGGAAGCUCCAAUGCCGCCUCUUUCAGGUGAAGAUGACGCGUCAAGUGACGGACAUAUUGAUGAACUAGCUUUGAUAGUUCACAAGAUGAAGCCUCGCAUCGUUAAGGACCGUUUUCACAAAAUGCGUAGGUUCAGAAAUUGCUUCUUGGGUACAGAAGCUGUGGAUUUUCUAUCAGAAGAUCAGUAUCUACAAAGAGAAGAGGCCAUUGAAGUUGCCCGAAAGCUCGCCAAACAACUCUUUUUUCAUCAUGUCCUAGAUGAGAAUCUCUUUGAGGAUGACAAUCACUUGUACCGGUUUUUGGAUGAUGAUCCAGUUGUAUCAUCUCAAUGCCACAACAUCCCCAGAGGAAUAAUCGAUUUGAAGCCAAGGCCGAUCUCAGACAUCGCGUCCAGACUUAGACGUUUGUUUCAAGCUAUCAUCGAAGCUUACACUUCUCCGGGUGGAAAACACGUGGACUACAGAAGCAUCCAUGGAAGCGAAGAAUUCGCAAGGUACCUGAGAAUGAUCCAGGAGCUCCAUAGAGUCGAAGUUCAAGAUAUGCAAAGAGAGGAAAAGCUUGCUUUCUUCAUUAACCUCUACAAUAUGAUGGCUAUACAUGCUAUACUAGUAUUAGGCCACCCGGUUGGUCCACUGGAACGGAAAAAGAUGUUCGGUGACUUCAAAUACGUUAUCGGUGGCUGCACAUACUCGUUGUCCGCUAUCCGAAAUGGAAUUUUCAGGGCUAACCAGAGGCCACCGUACAAUAUUAUGAAGCCGUUUGGGGCCAAGGAUAAACGUUCCAAGGUUGCCCUGCAAUAUACAGAGCCUCUAGUUCAUUUCGCACUGGUUUUCGGCACCCGAUCUGGACCUGCUCUGCGGUGCUUCUCACCCGGUGACAUCGACCAGGAACUCGCGGGGGCGGCUCGGGAUUUCUUACGAGGCGGAGGAUUCAUGGUUGAUCUUACUACAAAGGUUGCACAUAUCAGUAAAAUCUUCCAAUGGUAUGGGAUGGACUUUGGAAAGAACGAGGUCGAGGUACUAAAGCAUGCGUCGAAUUACUUGGAGCCGACAUUGUCAGAAGCUUUGCUCGAUUUGCUAGUGGACACACAGCUUGAAAUCAUUUACCAACCAUACGAUUGGGGGCUCAACAACUAGAGAGUUUCCAAGUGAAGAAAGAACAUAUUCCCUUGAAAAUAUUUGUAUUGCCUCAAAACGAUGUCGUACUACAGAAAUGAAAACGGGAUUGUGUUUUUAACCCUCGGCAAUCCCCUUCUGUUU